AAAAUAGAUACCACUAAAUUGGCAACACUCUUGGGAGCAGCUCAGUGUCAGAAAGUAAAGGGGAAUGGUAGUGACCGGCCCAUAACUGAACAUGAAGGGAAAAGACAGAUAUUUCACAAAGGAGAAGCGUUAAAGUGGGGAAAGUUAUUGAGAUUCGCAAGUGUGAAAACAAUUAUUUAUUCAGAGAUGGCCUCUACUGUAUUCAAGGAAUUUAAGGAAGACAGCAGCUAUGCUCCCUUUCUGAAAGAGAACUUUGAUGUGCAAAGCCAUGUGAGCCAGCUGGUGCAGGGCAUGCUCAUCACCGACCACCUCAACAAGCUGACCCUUGGCCUGAACUGCUUGGAACGUGAGAUAGAGAACCAAGUCGGAAGUCACUAUGAGGACCUGCUGUCCCAGGCCACUGGUGUGGAGACCCUGGAGGAUGUGCUCAACACCAUGCACACCAGGAUUCAGACACUGCUUGCCGGGGUUGAGCGGCUACGGGUGCGAGUGGUGGAGCCGUUUCACCGUGUGGAGCGACACACCAUGGUGCUGGGAAGGCUGCAGGCGUCAUGUGAGCUGCUGCGCCGGGUGAUCCGCUGCCUCAUGCUUUCCCACAGACUCCAGCAGCAGUUGUCCGCUGAACCACGAGACAUCACCAAGGCAGCCAUCAGUCUCAGUGAACUGGAUCACCUUGGCCGGGACAUUGACCUGACUGGGCUGGAGGUGCUGGAAAAGGAACAACGGCUGGUCCGUCAAGCGCGCAGUGAUGUGGAAAAGCAGGCAGCGCUCAUGAUGGACCGUGGCAUGGAGUUGCAGAAUCAGACACAGGUGGGAACAGCUCUGCAGGUGUUCCAUAAUUUGGGAAUGUUGGUGCCCAGUGUGGAGAGAGUGCUCAACUCCCUCACGUCGUCCAUCAACCGCAGUGUGGCUAAUGCCCUUGAUGUCAAUGCUCUUCUUCAGAUGACUCAGGACAACAGACGUGGAGGUGGCCCUGGCAAGGCUGUCAUGCCUGCCCCAGGACAGUCCGUACAGUUUCGGGCGUCACUGUGGUCCAACCUGGAGAAGCUGAUGGAUGACAUAUUCCAUGUCUGUGUGCAGACCUCACACCUGCACAAGGUUCUCGCCAAGAAGAGGGACCCGGUGACUCAUGUGUGUUUCCUGGAGGUGGUGCAGCGUCAUGGCAAGUGUGAUCUGUUCACCUCUGUGUGGCAGAGUGUGACGCACAUCCUCACUCAAGAAUUUUCAAAGGCUGCACAAGAGUCGACCAUCAUCCGCCAAUACCUGGAGGUGGACUAUCCCAAGCUAGUGCGGCUGUAUGGGGACCUGUGGCGGCGGCUGGAAGGCAUCACGGUAGAGAUGAUGAACACUACGCCAGACCUGUCCCCACUCAACCCCUCUUCAAACACCAGUCAGGAUGGAGAAGAGAUCAGUGAGGCUAAUGAGCAGACCCAGAAUUUUGACCCUGAGGAAGCACUGAGAUGCACUCUGGUUCCCCUAGAAGAGGCCUAUCUCUCCCGCUCCCGGUCAAGGCUUUUGGACCCAGUCAACCUGAUGUUUGCUGCCCAUGAGGCUCCCCCAGCUAAGGAUGAGGUGGAUGCACUUAUCAAGACCAUCACAAGUGAGUUGAAUGUGUCAGCAGUGGACAAGGCUUUAAGUGAAACAGUGGCACAUAAUGUAGCAGAGUCCCUCCAGCUUUUCUGUGUCAAGUGCCAACAGCUGAUAGACACCACAGGGGAUGCCAGCCAGGUCAUCGGUCCAGCCACAGCUGCACAGUUGUUGAAUGUGAAUGUAGUGAACCAGCUGUUGUACUUGAGGAACCAGGUGGAGCGCACUGCCUCAGCCACCCUGGCCCACCUGCCAAACCCUGUCACCAGCACUCUCCUGCAAGCCCUUCCUGCCAUUGAUGAUCUGAUGUCCUCAGCUGUCCAGCCACUGUUUGAGUCCCUCACUGAUGCCAUUGAGGCAAUCAUCCUCACCAUGCACAGUGAAGACUUCUCAGGGAAUGAUACUAGUGGAACAGACUCUCAUUGUUCCCUGUACAUGAAGGAGCUGCAGGGCUUCAUCACCAGGGCCUCUGAGGAAUACCUGGCUCCUUAUCUUUCUUCAGAUAUCAUCAAGCAAAAGACACACGACUUGGCUCGUCGCUCUCUGGAGUUGUUUGUGCGUCACGCCAGCCUCCUGCGGCCCAUUGGUGAAGGUGGCAAGAUGCGCCUGGCAGCAGACUUUGCCCAGAUGGAGUUGGCCAUCAGCCCCCUGUGUAGCCGGCCCUCAGAGCUUGGCCGGCCUUACCGUGUGGUGCGCUCCUUCCGCCCACUGCUCUUCCUCACGGUGGAGCACAUUGCUGAGUCUCCCAGUGUGGGUGAGGUCAUUCCCUUCUCCACUGUUCUGCACUUCCUCUUUGCCCGGGCACCUAAGGAAAUGCGAUCCCCCCAUCAGAGUGCAGGCUGGUCAGUCAGCAGAUAUAGUAAGUGGCUGGAUGAGCACCAGGAUGAAAGGGAGCGACUGCAGCUGGUGCAAGGUACCCUGGAGGCAUAUGUGGCUGGGGUCCGUGCCAAGAACUUGACCCAGUUUGCCCCGGCUUACCCUCCAAUGCUGGCCAUGCUAGAGAGAGGCAUUGCCUUCCACACACCUGCUACCAAAUAGUUCCUCACCCAGAAGAAAUUUUGUUAUUUUUACUUCUUUACUUUAAUUGGGUAGAUUUUUAUCAGAGUUUAUUUGUUUUAUGUAAGAUGGGAUGAGCUAUUAAUAAAACUUGUCUUUUGUCAUCACGCUGGCAAAUGAAGCAGCCAUCAUGUCUCCUGCAGCAUUGCUUCAAAUAAAAAUGGACUCUGGAAGGUGACUUUGUUUAGCUUCUAGCCACCAAGUUGGAAUUUAAGUACAGUAAAAUCCCUCUUAUCCGGUAUCAAUGGGACCGCCGACAUGCCGGAUACCAGAAGUUGCCGGAUACUUGAAUAGAAGUGAAAUUAUGUCCACAAUCACCACCCUACACUCACGCAUCUUACCAUAACAAAGAUCAGCUGAUCGCCGUGCCACAUGUCGCCACCCGCGCUGCCACCUCACACUCACCAACACACAAUACUACUGUACUAACAUUCUCUUUAAUACUUUCCUCUUAUAAAUAAGUUGAUGGGUUACAAAAAUAAAGUACGUAUACACUUAUUUGCUUUAUUCAAUAUUAGCCAACAUGUAUAGCAUACAAUAAAGAAAUGAAAAUGUACAAGUAUUUGUAACACUUUUUCGCUCCCCACACCUCUCAUUCAACACCCUCCGGGUCAUCAACAUCAUCAGAUUCUGUACUUGUUUGCCCCACUUCUUUUCCCUUACAAGCUACUUUAAAAUAGUUUCUAAUGUCUCCUUGUUUGCAGCUCCUUCUUUGCAGCAAAAACUCAUUCUCAAUGCAGUGAAGGGUCAUAACAUCUCAGGUUGACAUGUAUGUGCACUGCUCAGCAAAAUGUGCCAGAUACUUGAAGCUGCCGGAUACUCGAAUGCCGGAUGAGAGGGAUUUUACUGUAUUAUCCCAAUGAAGCAAGAAUUUAAUGCCGUCUAAUAUUGUUACUAAGAUUCUGUGUUAAUGAGCAGUCAAAUGGGAAUUUAUGAUCUGUAAUUGAUUGCACUGAUGAAUAAAUGCGUAAAUAAAUGUA